AUUACUUUUCAAAGUCGCCAUCCGACCUCCAUCUUCAGAAUUUUUUGAGAUUUUGUCACAAGGCAGUAUGACACAAAUCAUUAGAGAUUUCUCUGGCAUGUAUGCUGAAAAUGCAAAGAAGAAUGAUAAAGAAGCAGAAAAGAUUUUGUCCACUGCCAAAUUUGAUGCAAGAUUUCAACUCUGCAACCAGGACAAGUUAUGCUGGCAGAACUACGUGGAUUAUCAUAGGUGUAUAAAAAAGAAAGGAGAGGAUUAUGAACCCUGUAACUGGUUCAAGAAACAGUAUACAUCCAUCUGCCCUAGCUUCUGGACUGAGAGAUGGGAUGAUGCACUUGAAAAUGGAGCGUUCCCGGCCAAGAUAUAAGAGUGAUCAAUUAAUAGUGACAUUUUUAGUAAUACAUAUAUUCCACCUCCACUCUCAGGAGAUGUUAUUUAACCAUUUUGUUUGGGGAUGUAAAGCAAGCUAUUGAAAGUUUAAUAAAACUUGAUACAGUUGAGAGAA